GAUAUUUUGUGGGAUAUCGUGGUUCUCGAAAUUAACAAGGGGGAGAUUAUUACGACUGAUUAGAAAAACGUUCGUCGGAAUGUUUCUCUGAAGAGAAUCGUCCGGAGACUUUAAUAUGUAAUGCCGUUGCGAGAGAUGUACAUACAUCACGUGGUCAUCUGCCCGUACUCAGAGAAUUAUUUCGUUAGAGAGCCACGCUUACGAGGAUCUCGCCGAGAUGAAAGCCGAGCGAACGUUUUGAGCUUUCUGCAGCAACGGUCGGAAGAUAAUCCCUCAGCUAGAAUCGAGGGAUACAAUUUUUGAAAUUUCGCGUUCAUUCGGUAUCGGUUUUUUUGUUCGUUUCUCUUCGUACUUCAUAUUUCUCGUUUCUUCACGCCCAUUUUCAUACGUUUUCAUUAAUUCGAUGUACGCGCGUGAACGUGCGUGUGAUAAAUUUGAUAGUUUUCGGAUGUGCGGCUGGGAAAACUUUAUGGUUUUUUUUCUUCUUUAACGCAGCGAAAUCCAAACCGCAGCAACGAUCCGGCAAUGGCGGGAGAAAAAAAACAAGAAACUAUCGAUCCCGAAGCAGUGAUUGGCCAGAGUCUCCCGCACAAAUUCGACGUACGGGGCGCGGAAACGCCAGAGAAUGGUCUUCGCAGUUUCGACGGUAUAGCAAGUUCUUCGAUUUCCAAAAAUGCAGACGAUUCUUACGACCCCCAUGAACAUCGAAACUCACCGAAUCCAACAACGAACACGGAAACGCUGAUUCACAUGCUCAAGGGAAGUUUGGGAACCGGAAUCCUGGCGAUGCCAAACGCAUUUUGCAACAGUGGAUUACUGAUAGGUCCUAUAGCGACGAUAAUCAUCGGGAUAUUAGCCACCUAUUGUCUGCACGUUCUCGUAAAAGCUCAGUACAAAUUAUGCAAAAAGCUCAAACUUCCCCUACUCAGUUACCCGAUGAGCAUGAAGUACGCGUUGGAAAGGGGACCGGGAUGGUCGAAAUUUUUUGCACCAUACGCGCCAGGAAUAGUCGACGGAUUUUUGAUAAUCUAUCAAAUGGGAAUUUGUUGCGUGUACAUCGUAUUCGUAGCGGAGAAUAUCAAGCAGGUCACCGAUCAGUAUUUUUCGCCGAUAGACGUGAAGAUACAUAUGUUAAUUUUGCUGCUACCUCUUGUACUGAUAAAUUACAUAAGAAAUUUGAAGCUUUUGGCACCAUUUUCAACGGUAGCAAAUAUUAUAACUUUCGUUGGACUUGGAAUGAUUUUGUCCUACGUUUUUGACGAACUACCUUCGAUGGCUGAGAGGGAAUUCGUUGGGUCUUUGAGAAAUUUUUCUCUUUAUUUCGGUACAACUUUAUUCGCAUUGGAGGCUGUUGGCGUGGUAAUCGCUUUGGAGAACAACAUGAAGACUCCACAGAAUUUCGGAGGCUAUUUCGGAGUUUUGAAUAUCGGGAUGACCAUCAUCGUCGUGAUGUACAUCGUGAUUGGGUUCUUUGGAUACAUCAAAUACGGCGAUAAAGCUCAGGGAAGCAUCACUUUGAACCUUCCGAACGAUGCGAUAAUGGCCCAAAGUAUAAAGCUGAUGUUCGCCAUUUCAAUUUUCAUCACAUAUGCCCUUCAAGCUUACGUUCCGGUUGAAAUACUCUGGACGACAUACGUAAAGCAUCGUAUUUCUUCAGGGAAGAAAUUAUUCUGGGAAUACGUUUGCAGGACAGGAGUCACCGUUGUAACAUUCAUUUUCGCCAUCGCUAUUCCUCGCCUGGGAUUAUUCAUCUCGUUGUUCGGUGCAUUUUGUCUUUCGGCGCUCGGAAUUGCGUUUCCUGCCAUCAUAGAAAUAUGCGUUAUGUGGCCGGAUACCGGAACUGCAAAUUUUUAUCUCAUAAAAAAUGUGUUACUCAUAUUAUUUGGAAUCGUUGGACUUCUCGUUGGAACUUACGUUAGUCUCAACGACAUAGUGAAUUCAUUUUUAUGAAAGUAAGGAAACAAAUCGAACAAAUUUUGUGCUGCACCACACAGAGCUGGAUUGGAAAAAAAUGUAAGUAAUAAUAUUUGUAAAUUGUUCAAGCAUAUGGGUAAAGGUGAGAGAGAAAGAAUAUCGAUCCAGUACGGGUAUAUUUAUUUUUAUAACAUUUUUUUCUUAUUUUCAUCGGAAUCUUUUAUUUUUAUAAUAGAAUAUAAAUUAUCCUCGCGGUAUACCUAUAAAUUUUUGUUUUUUUUCGUUAUUAUAAUCUAAAAUCACAAUUUUUCCGGGCCUCCAUAUUGUAAGUAUGUGGUGCGUUUAAAAGUAUGUAUAAUGUAUUCGUAGGUAUUGCUGAAAUAAUUACCUGUUUAGUUCGUUUACAUUUCAGCGAUAACGAUUGAUUUGUAAAUAUUUUAAAUUAUGAUACUUUUUUCCUAGAUGCUGUAAAUACCCAUCUACAUAAGUAUUGUAUAUUAAAUAGCGAUUAAACUAAAAUGAAAAAAUUUUUAAUUCACCGCGUCUCUCCUGGAGAAAUAUUAGAAUAAAUACACGAUAUGUAUUACGUAUAGUAGAUCACACUAAUUGAAACGUUUUUGCGAAGCUUCUCACGCCAUUUUUAUGCCAAUUAUUUUUUUUCUUUAUUUUUCAUUCACAAAUCUUUCGUGAUUAAUCGAGCCAUUUUUUCCGGUCGAAAAAUGCUGCGAAGAACUUUUCUAAAAUGUGGCUGAAAUUAAAGAUGACUGUUUCGACGAUAGAAAAAUAAUGAAAAAAAAAAAUCGGAUCAAAGGUGCGUGGGAUUAAAAUUUGAUAAUUUUUGGUUUGGCGUGGAAAUUUUUAUCUACCUAAAGGUAUAUUACAGAGAUUCGGCUUUGGCAUGUAUGUACAAGUACGAAUUACACCUAAUUUCUGUCUAAUUACAUUAUUAAAAGUAAUAUGAAAAAUU